AUGCUCGCGACACCACAUCUCCGUAAGCGACGUGAUUUUCAAGCUUCAGAGAUCCAUCGCGUUCCUCGAUGGACGUGUACAAUGAAACCGCAUGUGCUUCUACUUGUAGUAGCAUACCAGUUACAGGGUGUGUUACCACUGGCUGUUGCUAUCGAUCGAAUACUUGCAAUUAUGAUACCGACGAAGUACAUGCGGUUUAAUUUUCGAUACACUAUUAUUGUAGCAGCAGGCCCAUAUGUUUUUGUCGCUAUUGCUACUAUAAUUGAAAUACUUAUAUCGCGUCAAGAUGGCACAAAAGUGUCUUCAUUUUGUCUCACCGUUACCGCAGUAUCGCCAGGAUUUCACGACUAUACUCUUCUUUUAAGAAUAGUCUGUGUAUCUAUUUCGGCUCUUAUUUAUCUUGUUCUUAUUUCACGAUUGAACAAGCAUAUAGAGAAAGCACAAAUCAAUGGAGUUCAGAUUGGAUCACUUAGGCGAUCCACAAUCACAGUUGGACUAUCAACUGUUAAUGCAGUCAUAUUUCUUUUGAUACCAGACAUAAUUAAAUAUCUUGCAAUCUACAAUGACAGUCUCACUCAUAUCAUCAUUUUGUACUCUCUUUCAAUGACAAAUGUAGAUCUCAACGCCUUGAUAUUUGGUUUCCGCCAUAGGGAAAUAGCAACGAGUAUGAGACGAUUUUUCUGUACAAUUGUGAUAACAUCGACUGCAACGAAAAAGAGAAUCAUACCAAGAAGAGUCGCUGCAACAUGA